ACGCUUGAGGAACACAUACAAACAGUAGCGAGUUCGCGCCUGCUUUCCGCGUCUGCACCGCACUCCACGUCGACUGCUUUUUCGUUUUCAGGCUUUGUUUUACAAGCCGACUUAUCUUACAAUUAAUUGGUUGUUCAUAGACCCUACAUUGAUCCGAGGAUCUAGCGAUUGUGCACAGGAAAGCCGAAAUGCAGACGACCGUGGGGCGCAAGUGCGUCGCGAGCUCCGCAGCUGGGCGCAGCCGCAAUGUUACUGUCUUCCGUAGGUGCAGCAGGGGCGGCCCUGUGAAGGUGGUCGCCAACGCGGGCGGCGAGGCCGGCCCCGGCUUCCUGCAGCGCCUAGGCCGCGUCAUCAAGGAGAAGGCCGCCGGCGAUUUUGACCGCUUCUUCGCGGGGACCUCCAAGACGCGCGAGCGCCUGGGGCUGGUGGAUGAGAUGCUGGCGUUGUGGAGCCUGGAGGACUACGAGGACAGCCUGGAGGAGCUGGAGGAGGUGCUCAUCUCCGCCGACUUCGGCCCCCGCACUGCUCUGAAGAUCGUGGACCGCAUCCGCGAGGGCGUCAAGGCCGGCCGCGUCAAGAGCGCCGAGGACAUCCGCGCCUCGCUCAAGGCUGCCAUUGUGGAGCUGCUGACGGCACGGGGGCGCUCCAGCGAGCUCAAGCUGCAGGGCCGGCCGGCUGUGGUGCUGAUUGUGGGAGUGAACGGCGCGGGCAAGACCACCACUGUGGGCAAGAUCGCGUACAAGUACGGCAAGGAGGGAGCCAAGGUCUUCCUCAUCCCAGGCGACACCUUCCGCGCCGCCGCCGCGGAGCAGCUGGCGGAGUGGAGCCGCCGCGCGGGCGCCACCAUCGGCGCCUUCCGAGAGGGUGCCCGACCGCAGGCCGUCAUCGCCUCGAACCUGGACGACCUGCGGCAGCGCACGUGCAAGGACGCGUCGGACGUGUACGACCUCAUUCUGGUAGACACGGCAGGCCGGCUGCACACGGCCUACAAGCUGAUGGAGGAGCUGGCGCUGUGCAAGGCGGCGGUCAGCAACGCACUGCCGGGCCAGCCCGACGAGACCCUACUUGUGCUAGACGGCACCACAGGCCUCAACAUGCUAAACCAGGCCAAGGAGUUCAACGAGGCUGUGCGGCUGAGCGGACUCAUCCUCACAAAGCUGGAUGGCACUGCCCGAGGAGGCGCGGUGGUGAGUGUGGUGGACCAGUUGGGCCUGCCCGUCAAGUUCAUUGGUGUGGGCGAGACGGCCGAGGACCUGCAGCCCUUCGACCCCGAGGCAUUCGCUGAGGCCCUGUUCCCGAAGGUCAAGGAGCCCGCCACUGCCGGCACCAAGUAAAUGAACGGGGCGGAGCACUGCUGGGGGCGCCUGGGGGCAAAUACGUUUGGGCAUGCUGGUAUGGAUGUGGGCUUACUUGUUUUCUAAGUGGAGGUGGGCUUUGGGAUGCAGGUGUGUGAAGUCUGUACUGCGUUUCGUGUUGGUUUGUGCGAGAGAGCGCGAUGAGUGACUCGUGGUGUGUCGCCAUUUGCAAGGAAUUUCAAACCUGCGUGAGGGAAGGCAACAGGGGUUGCGGUCACUGGGUGCGCCCCUGCAAGGCCAAAGUUGAUAGGAUGGCGCGAUUGGCGCCUAAAGCGUUUAUACUGCUCGCGGCACAGAACUGGGCGGGUACGCCUUCGCAAUGUAUGGAGGUGCAGUUUGUGGAUGCCGGUCUCUUUGGCGCGCCGCACUCUUGUGGAAGUGGGUCGCCGCGGUGUGGCGAACGGCCUAAGGCGGCAACGGGCAACGCGUGUGAACGAGGGUGUGCGACGGGACAACGGUGGCAAGGCAGGUUGGGAAGUCCCGUAGGAUGCAGCUGAUUCCCAGAACCCAGCAGAUGGCAAACAAUUUGCAAUGGGCAACGCGUGUGAACGAGGGGAGCACGGAGCACCCUGGCGGGCACCCGGCACGCCAGCUGUGCAAGCAGUGGUACUGGCCUAGGUGGACGAGGGCGGCCUGCCCUUGUCGGCCACUCAGCCCGGUACUUGCAGUGGAAGCGGAGGAGGGAUGCGAGCGGCCACCUAGGCAAUCAGCGUGGCGGCGGACUAGCGGCGGCCUCCUGGGGGCGGAGGAGUGCAAAGGAACGUGUAAAUACGGAGGAAGCGGAGGGAAGGAAGCAAUAGGAGGUGUGGCUGUCGUAGGCUCGGAUGGAAUGGUGGAGCAAGGCAGAGCACGUAAGGCGGAGCAUGACUGGGACAAGCAGGCAGCACAGCCGUUGUGCAAGCACUCCGUCUUCAUUUGUGCUGUAAGGGAUGAUAAGGUGCAUAUGAGGUUUCUGGCCCCCGGCGCGGUGGGUGUCGUGUGGCAAGUGGCAAGGGAGCUUCGCGUGUUGGGACGUGAAGUCCGGUGGGGGCGCGAGCCCAUGUGCCCAUCCAGCGAAGCCCUAGCGCCUGCGUCUGCGCGCAUGUGAAGGCGGGGGCAAGCGCUGUCAGAGCGCCAGGUGGAUGUGGGCCUUGUGGGCGGAACAGCGGGGGGCGGCAGGUGUAGGUGGCGAGGGCAUCGGCUCAAGAGCCUCG